ACAACAAGGCAGAGAAAAUGGAAGGCUGUGCUAGCUAGCUAGCUGGUUAGCUGAGCGAAUCCAAUAAUAACUGGAAACAAAACGUUCAUAUGCAAGCUACCAACACAUGUCAAAAUGGAUCCAAUGGAAGAUAACAACAUCAAUGAUUAUAAUUAUGAAGAACAGCGAGAAGAGGCUGGUUCGAGUGUUAGGCCGACCAUGUCUCAGGUUAAAAAGUCCUGGGGCUUCAGACGGACAACAAUCGCCAAAAGGGAGUUCUUGGAUGAAGUUGGAGACCUAACAAGCAAUCCUCAACCCGUACGCAGAGCCAGAGGUUGUAGAGCCAACCCAACACCCCAGCCCUCUCCAGAAACCCAGAGAGUUUCCCGUGGAACCAGGAGUGUAAUAGAUGAUCUCGAGUGGUCUGCCCCAUCGUCACCGGUAUCAGAGGAGAGCAAGCCCGCCUCCGAAGCCUCAGCAGGAGGGAGCCUUGACCCCAGCUCAUGGCAAGAUUGCGGGUCUGCCUUCCACACUGCUUUCUCACUGCUUGGUGGAGGUGAGGGUUUGGCACUGGACAUGUCAAACACACUGGCAAUCCCUGACAUUUUGGAAGUCACUGACUCCCUUGAAGCCUCGCCACCCCAACUCAUAGAAGAAACGGAGGUGCCUGAUGAUAAUGAAUCUACUGAUGAGAUGGAAAUCUCGCAGCCUGUUGCACCUGACAAUGUGGCAGGAGGAGAAAAUGAUGACGUUGUUCUGAUAUCUAGUCAGGAAGAGGACAGUGAUGAUAUGACUCUGAUGCAGAUAGCUUCAAAAGGCAGACAGGGAGACACAAGAGGUAGAGGGGGGAGAGGGGGGAGAGGUGGAAGAGGAAAGGCCAGAGGAAGGGGGAGAGGCAGAGGAAGAGGUAGAGGAAGAGGUAGAGGACGGGGCAGAGGGAGAAGCAAGGCAGUGGCGCUUCAAUCAAGGAUUAUUGAUGAAGAGGACAACGACAAUGAGCUGGUGGUAGUCAAUCCCGCUGAUCAGAUGCUGCAGCAAUUUCAAGACAAAGACAAUGAUCCACAAGAUCCUGCUGAAAUAGUGAUAUCCUCUGCUAACUCUGACAUCACUCUGAGUCCCACUCAGCAAUCUAGCUCAGACUGCAUAAUCAUAGACACUGAUUUAGACCACAUUACUGAUAUGACUUCUGGCCAGUACGCUGAUGCACCAGAAGAGGAGAAGAAAGAAGAUAAUAAUGUAGAAGAGUUUUCACGAAUAUUAGAUACAGACGGCUCUGAUUCCAAUGCGCUGUACUGCAUCUGUCGGCAGAAGCUAGAUAAAAGGUUCAUGAUCUGCUGUGACAUUUGCCAGGAUUGGUUUCAUGGCGAAUGUGUUGGUAUCAGUGCAACACAGGGUCGUAAGAUGGAGAAGAAAGGGCAAGAGUACGUGUGCCCCCCUUGUACUACAUGGAAGAAGCUCCAUCUCCUACCAGAGCCUCAGCCUGAGCUUAGCUUUCCUGAAUGCUUGACGCUAAGUCCACCCAGUGAAGAACAGGAGGAGCACCAGGAGCAGAAAGAACUCAAGGAGACUUUGUCUGCGGUUGAGCAGCAGCAGCAGCAGCAGCAGCAGCAGCAGCAGCAGCAGCAGCAGGAGAAGGAGGAGGAUGAGAAGGAGAAGGAAAAGAAGGACGAGGAGAAGGACGAGGAGAAGGCUCCUGUGAUGAUGGCAACGCUUGAGCCUGAUGCUGAGAUGGAGACAGGCAGCUCUCUUCCUCUGUGCAUUGGACCCGAAUGCUCCAAACAAGCCCUACAAGACUCUGUUUACUGUGGCACUGACUGCAUCCUGCAGCACGCCGCCUUCACUAUGAAGACUCUUUCUGUUCCUAAAGUGCCCAAGCCCAGAGGACGGCCUCAGAGAAAAGCUGCCACUGCCAAACCCAACCCAACGGGUCAGAGGUCGGGUCGGAUGUCAAAGAGAUUAGCAGUAAAUGCUGAGGAACGUGAAGAGGAGGAUGUGAAGGAAGAUGAUGGAGGGCAGGAGGAGGCUGUGUCUCACUUAGCCUGCGACCCCAGUCUCACAGAAGUUCAGGCCACUUCCAUACCAUCGUCUAAGUUUUACACAGCGUCUAUAAAGGACAAUGAACAGGUAGAGGCAGACAGUGAGGUUGCAACUUCUUCCAAACCACCUGCAGGUGAGACCUCGACUGAUGUUGCCCCCUCUUCCCAGCCUGCCGCUGAGACACCAUCGACACAGAGCCACUCUGAAGAACAGGCAAAGCAGCCAACCAACAGUGCAGUGCCUCAGCAGCAAUCUGCCUAUUCAGAUCCCUCUAUACCACCAAACCCAACAAAAACGAGUGUACCUCCUGCCCCACAAUCCCCCUCCACCUCAGCUCCCAGACAUCAUGAAACAGGGGCUCUUAUUGUCACUAAGACCGCGUACGUCAUACCAAAGAAGCUCCCUGCCCCCCAGGCUCCGUCCAGCCACCUGUCAGCCUCAACGUCGGGCCAAAAGCCUUCUUCUGCCCCAACGCUGAUGAACGAAACCAGAAAUCUGCUGGUGCCCCCUGCACCCAGUGCUCCCUCCUCCAGACCCUCCCAGCCCAAUACCCAGGUCAGACAGAGCAUCCAGCGCUCCCUCAUCAGCAUCCUGUUCAAAAGGGUGUGUGAUUGUGAGGACUUGGAGAUGCCCGAGAGUGACGUAGCAAAGCUUGUCUCAAGCAUUGAGAUGGAGAUGUUCAACAUAUUUCGCAACACAGACAGCAAAUACAUGAACAAGUACAGAACUAUUAUGUUCAACCUGAAAGACCCAAAAAACAAGGGCUUGUUGUAUCGUGUCGUACGUGGAGAGAUCAGUCCCUUCAGACUGGCCAGAAUGAGCCAGAAGGAUAUGCAGGCUACCAAAGCAUCAGAGCCAAGUGCAAAAGAAACUACAGAGGUUAAGAAUGCAGCUGCUAAAGCGACAAGUUUGUCGCAAAAGCCUGAGGCAGUGAAGGUGGAUUUGCCAAGUUUGAAUCCCACUAGACCUGCUAGAAGCACGUUUGCGUUCCAGGAACAAAAGAAAAACCUUCCUGCUCUUGCUCCCAAGACCAGAACAAGCCAGCCGAACCAGGGCAGUGCUGUACCAGAUAUUCUCUCCUGCAUGCUGAAGGACACAACAUCAGAGCACAAAGCUCAUCUCUUUGACCUGAAAUGCAAAAUAUGCACAGGUCAAAUGCUCGCUGGGGAAGACGAGGAACCGGCAAAGAAAAAACCCAAGAUUUCUGAGACAAGAGAUAAAUAUGAACCCUCUUGGAGAAAGUGUGCCGGAGAUGACUCUCCUCUGAGGGCCCCACCUGACUCACCUGACAUGGAUUCUCCAACAUCCCUAAUGGAUUAUUCACCACGUCUUAUCAUUGAUGCUCCAGCGCUGACUAUCGUUGAAUCCCCAGCGUCCCCUAUAAUGGACUCUCCAGCCUCCCCUGUCAUGGAAUCCCCUGCUUCCCCAACUCCAGACACUCCUAAAACGACUACACAAAAGAGAUCCUACACACCAGUUGUGAUCCCAGCAGUCUCCACAGUUACUAUCACAAGGCGUGACCCCCGCACUGCCGCAAACAGGUCUUCUUGGUCUAGAGGCACAUCCAGUCCAAGUAACACAACCAAUAACCAAUCAGUAUCUUAUUCUAUUCGUCAAGAGACUACCUCUGCAUCGCCCUCAGCACCAACGUACUUGGGACCACCAACAAAACCAUUACCCAAGUCGAUCUUAAUGAAGCCAUCAUCCUCUGCUGAUCCCAGACUCUAUGGGACAUCCUCAAGGACUGUGAUCUCUGAAUCCCCAGCUGAUGGUGAAACUUCCCAGUUCUUGGCUAAGCAUGAGAUAGUGUGGAAAGGCUUCCUAAACAUGCUCUCUGUGGCCAAGUUUGUCACCAAAGGAUAUAUGGUUUCAGGAACGGCUGAAAAUCUCAAAGCGGAUCUACCUGACACCAUACAAAUAGCAGGACGAAUCCUGCCUCAAACAGUGUGGGACUAUGUUGCAAAACUAAAGACCUCUGUUACAAAGGAGUUAUGUGUGAUCCGGUUUCACCCUGCAACAGAGGAGGAAGAGGUGGCCUAUGUCUCCCUAUUUUCCUACUUCAACAGCAGAGGUCGUUAUGGUGUGGUCGCCAAUGGCAGCCGUUCCAUCAAAGAUAUAUACCUUGUCCCACUAAGUGCAAAGGAAUCAAUCCCAACCAUACUCCAACCUCUUGACGGACCAGGUUUUGAAAAAAACCGGCCAAAUCUUCUUCUGGGUCUGGCUGUCAUCCAAAAGACAAAACGUCCAGGAAGCUUGCCUCAGGAAAUUGAAGAGAAGAGACCCAAAGUUAAUAUGUCCAAAGACCCUAUGUGGAUCCCAAAACCCCCAGUCCUCUAUGGUUCUGACAAAUUGGAAAUAUUUCAACCCUACGAUCCUGAGACUCCUGCUAACACCUCCCCUCCUGGCUCACCACUUUGCCCUGGGUCACCACCAGACUCGUCCUCUUCUGGAUCAGUUGCCCUACCAUCUUGUUAUAAUUCUUUUAGAACAAACCCUCCUUUCUCUACCUCAGCUGCAGUUGCUGCCACCCAGUCCACCUCUGAGAGCGACAAGAAUGCCACAGCAGCAUCCAGUAAUAAGUCACCACUGCAGACCAUCUUGAAAAGUUUGUUUGGCAAUAAGCAAACUGACUCCGUUGUCUCUUCUGACAUACAAUCUUCAACAGCAACAGUUCAUGUUAAGAAGGUCCCAGUGUUUUCUAAGGUGUCUCGAUCAAUGGUGGAUCCAAUUGUCCAACAAUAUGGACAGAAAUCAAAAGUAAAGAAAAUAGAAGAAGAAGAAGAAAAUGACUUUGACCGACCAUAUGACCCAGAAGAGGAGUAUGAUUCAGCAAUGGGAUAUGGAAUGGUUGCUCCUCAGAACAUUGAGAAAAUGAAGACAGAGGGCCCUGCAGUAUCAGGCUGUGUAGACGAUGAUGUGGCCUAUGAUCCAGAAGACGACACUAUCUUUGCAGAUAUGCAAAGGGAUAUUGCUUUGACAAAGCCCCCUGCUCAGACGUCAGGUACUCCAUCAUGCCAAACCUCAAUAUCCACCCAGAUUAAAACACCAACUCCCAACUCCACUGCCGUGCAAUCCUCUACCCAAGCUGUAAUAAUGCAGAACAUUCCUACAGGCACUGUGGUUGUCUCAGCUGCAACACUAACUGAACAACAACGAAUGCUUGAUGAUCUCAAUAGGCAGAUUGAAGAGCAAAAACAGCAAUUGAAGGAGCAGGAAGAGGCCAUACGUCAACAGAAAGAGGCUGUUGGUAUCUUUAUGGCUCGCUUUUCUGUUUCUGAUUCCCUGAUGACUCCCCAACAAAAAGCUUUGCCUCUCAGUCAACUGUCAGAAUCAACAGACAAGACCAGCAACCUUACAGAGACUGAGGACAGUUCAAAUGUAGAUUCACAAACUGUUAAACAAGACACAACUGCCACACCUAAUGUAGAAAAUGAUGCAGAAACAGUUACAGAGCAAGAUAAAACACAGGCUGAUGUUAAAGAAAGUGACAAAUAUUCCUCUGCGGGUGAGAUUGAAGACUCUGAUGUAGCUUAUGAUCCUGAAGACGAAUCACUUUUUGAUGAAAUUCAAGAUGAUGUUUUUCAAGGAGGCAGUAUAAAGACCCGUGAUUUAUCUUUGUCGAGAACAGGGCUUAGUGCCUCUCGCAAGGGCAGUCCUCUGAGUUCACACCACAGCAGAAAGAGAAGGUUAUCACCAAAGAGGCGGAGUCAUCAUGAAAGGAGCCGCCAUGGAAGUCCUUCUAAAAGAUCACAGCGACGUUCUCCUUCACAUUCCCGGAGACAUAGAGAAAAGGAUAGACACAGAAAAAGUGAAAGGGACAGGUCAAGGCAUAGAGCCAGAGACCAGUCUGACCGCCAAGGUCGCCAACAUAAAGAGCAUACCCCACGGCAGCAUUCUCAUGGGCGUAGAAGAUCCCCAUGUUCUCCUAGAAAAACAGAUUCUGGGUCCUUAUCGCCAAAAUGGAACAGAGAUCCUUCACCUCAAGUCCUUGAGAUAUCAAAGCCUUUAACUGUUCUGUGUAAUGCUCCAGACUCUUUAGACUCUGUUGAUAGAACAUUUUUAGGGAGUAACCAAUCAUCAUCCAGUUCAGUUACUAUUAAAAAUUACCCUCCUGUUGGACAUCAGCUAAAAAGUAAUCUUGUUAAGAGUGUUGAUGAAGGCUUUUCUCCCUCUUCACAUGAACUUCUUCACAAUGUGAAGCUUAAUACUUUAAAAGAUCCAAAAUCCCAAGAGCCUCAAAACACGUCUGUCAGUGGCGACAGAGAUAGUGGUUCCUCUAACCAGGUAAAUAUACCCUCUCAACUUGAAACUCUGUUUAGCAAAUUUGAAAUUCCAGUUCCUCUACGUGAAACUGAUCCGCCCAUUCGAGAUUCUCCUCAGAGCCCUGAUCCAGAGCCACAGUUUGUAAAACCUAUUAGCACAGAAAAGAGGGGCCCUAAAAUUGAGGAAAUCAGAGAUCCUCAGACCCUUACCAGUGUCUCAAUGCCACAUGAUAAAGUUGAAAGUAUUUGUUUGCCUAUUGGUGGUCAAGCAACAAUGUCCAAAAUACUGUGGCCAACCGGUCGAGGUGCCUUAGUUCUAGAGGGGCAAGGGGUCAAAGAUGAGGUUAUAAAAGAGGCAGACAAACAGAUAGAAAGGGGACAUCCAGGCUUAAAACAUCCUAAAAUACUGGGUCAAGGGGAGGGUGAUUCAAUUCGAGCUAUAGGCUCAGAUAUUCAGGCCUCAGGAACUGAAAAACAUCCUGUGACAAAACAGCCAGGACCUGGACAUAUUGAACCACAGAUAGAUCUUAGAGUAACAGAAACUGGAUUCCCAGGCCCCAAUAGGAGAGGCCCAGACAUGCAAGGAAAAGGUACCACCAUUUGGGGUCCUGGAUCACAUACACAAAACGUAUCUAGUAUGCAAGGCUUGAACCUAGAACUCACAGCUCCAGCUCCUGAUAUGAUGCACAGUGAGACAGAAGUGAGUGGACAAAUGCUUGUACCAGCUGUUAUAAAUUCAUGUGGGGAAGGAUCAGAUCUACAGAACAAGAGUAGAGAUCUAGUCAUAAAGGGCCCUUCGUCACAUAGAACUGAAGCCGAUAUAAGGGGCACAAGAGAGCCUUUAUUUGCUCAUGAGAGGUGGGGUCCACAAAAAGGGCAAAAUGUACCCAUGAGAGGACCAGGGCCAAACAUUAAUUAUGAAAGUGGUGGUUCUAACAUACCCUUCUUUGGAGAAGACAGUGGGCCUAGAGAACCUUUUAAGAAGACAAGUCCCGGUAUGACAGCUGGAAAGAGUGUGCAUGGCACUGACAUGAAAGAAUCAGAAACUAUUUGUGAAUUAAGAAGGCCAAAUAUGACACAAAGAGGAAGUUACAUGGGGCCUAGUCAAGAUAUUGGUAGUAUGGGUGGCUCAAAUACAAGGGGUGAUGGCAUGCUUAACUUUAAAACUCCUGAUUGGAGUGGUCCAGGUCCCGUUGCUGGUCCUGAUAUAAGGGGUCAAACGAGUCAAAAUAUAGGCCUGGGCCUACAUAUGAGAGGUAUAGAUUGUGGUCACCCAGGAACAGUCAUAAGAGAUGAUUGCAGAGGUACAGAUAUGAGAGGAUCAGGUCCACUCAGAGAAGGGCCAUUUAUACAAGAUGAAUGGAGAGUCCCUCCGCCUAACAGUAGAGGUCCAAACCUGGAGAACCAGGUGCCUAACAGAAGAGGGGUUGGAGACCUAGACUUUAGAGAACCAGCGUCUGAAAUGAGCUGUGGACUGAUAGAGGACAUUAGGCCUGAAAGGAAAAGAUCAGUGGGUCCCAAUUUCAUGGCACCAGGGGGUCCAGAUUUUGUGAGACCAGGACUUGAAAUGAAUGAUCAGGAUAUGAUGGGUCAUGGGCCUAACAGGAGAGGACCUGGAGGGCCAGAUGUUAGGGGACCAGGGCCUGUAAGCAGAGGCUUAUCUAUGGAAGGACCUGUGCCCGACAGGAGAGGACCUGGAGGGCCAGAUUUUAGGGGACCAGGACAUGAAAGGAGAGGUCCAGCUAUGGAGGGUCCUGGGUCUGACAGGGGAGUACCUAGAGGUCCAGUUUAUAGGGGAGAAGGGCCAGAAAGCAGAGGCUCAUCAAUAGAGGGCCCUGGGCCUGACAGAAGAGGGCCCGGAGGUCCAGAUUUCCAAGGACCAGGAACUGAAAGAAGAGGUCCAGCUAUGGAAGGCCCCUGGCCUGACAGGAGACGGCCUGGAGGUCCAGAUUUUAAAGGACCGGGACCAGAAAGUAGAGGUCCAGCUAUGGAGGGUCCCUGGCCUGACAGGAGACGGCCUGGAGGUCCAGAUUUCAAAGGAUCAGCUCCUGAAAGGAGGGGUCAAGCUAUGGAGGGUCCUGGGCCUGAAAGGAGAGGGCCCGAAGGUCCAGAUUUCAAAGGACCAGCUCAUGAAAGGAGGGGGCAAGCUAUGGAGGGUCCUGGGCCUGAAAGGAGAGGGCCCGAAGGUCCAGAUUUCAAAGGACCAGUUCCUGAAAGGAGGGGUCAAGCUAUGGAGGGUCCUGGGCCUGACAGGAGGGGACCUGGAGGUCCAGAUUUCCAAGGACCAGGAACUGAAAGAAGAGGUCCAGCUAUGGAUAGCCCCUGGCCUGACAGAAGAGGGCCUGGAGGUCCAGAUUUCCAAGGACCAGGAACUGAAAGAAGAGGUCCAGCUAUGGAGGGUCCCUGGCCUGACAGGAGAUGGCCCGAAGGUCCAGAUUUCAAAGGACCAGCUCCUGAAAGGAGGGGUCAAGCUAUGGAGGCUCCUGGGCCUGACAGGAGGGGACCUGGAGGUCCAGAUUUCCAAGGACCAGGAACUGAAAGGAGAGGUCCAGCUAUGGAUGGCCCCUGGCCUGACAGAAGAGGGCCUGGAGGUCCAGAUUUCAAAGGACCAGGACCUGAAAGUAAAGGUCCAGCUAUGGAUGGUCCCUGGCAUGACAGGAGAGGGCCAGGAGGUCCAGAUUUCAGAGGACCAGGACCUGAAAGUAGAAGUCCAGCUAUGGAGGGUCCUGGGCCUGACAGGAGAGAGCCCAGAGGUCCAGAUUACACGGUGCCAGGGCCUGAGAGGAGUGGUCGAGCUUUUGACGGUCCUGGGCCUGACUGGAAAGGACCUAGAGGUCCAGAUUUUAAAGGACCAGGAGCUGAAAGGAGAGGUCCAGCUAUGGAGGGUCCUGGGCCCGACAGGAGAGGACCUGGAGGUCCAGAUUUCAUAGAUCUAGGAACUGGAAAAAGAAGUCCAGCUAUGGAUGCUCCUAGACCCGACAAGGGACCUGGAUGUCCAUAUUUCAGGGGGCCAAGGCCUGAAAGCAGAGGCUUUUCUAUGGAGGGUAAUGGGCCUGACAGGAGAGGACCUGGAGGUCCAGUUUUCAGAGGUCCAAGGCCUGAAAGAAGAAGUUUAUCUAUGGAGCGUUUUGGGCCUGACAGAAGAGGAACUAGUGGUCAAGAUUUCAGAGAGCCAGAACCUGAAAGAAGAGGUCCAGCUAUGGAGGGUCCUUGGCCUGACAUGAGAGUCCCCGGAGGUCCAGAUUUUAAAGAACCAGGGCCUGAAAUCAGAAGCUUAUCUAUGGAGGGGCCUAGGCGUGACAGGAGAGGACCUCAAGGUCAGGAUUUCCGGGGACCAUGGUCUGAAUGCAGAGACUUAUCUAUGGAGGGUCCUGGGCCUGACAGGAGAGGUACUAGAGGUCCAGGUUUCAGAGAACCAGGACCUGAGAGAAGAAGCUUAUCUAUGGAGGCUCCAGGACCUGGCAGAAGAGGACCAGGAGGUCCAGAUUUCAGUGGACCAGGAUCCAAUAUAAGAGGUCCUGGUAUCACUGGUUUGGGGCCUUACACAGGAGAAUCAGAAGUUCCAGACUUUAGUGGUCCAGGUAUAGAAGGUCCAGGGCCUCGAGUUAGAGGACAGGAAGUAGUACCUGAUGGUCCACAUUUCAGAAGACCUGGGUCUGAAAGGAGAAGUUCAUCUUUGGAGCGACCUGGGCCUGACAUUAGAGGUCCUGGCAGUCCAGAUUUCAGCGAACCAGGACUUUUAACUAGAAAUCAAGCAAUGGAAGGUUCUGGGCCUGACAUGAGAGGACCUGGAGCUCCAAACAACAGGGGACGACAAGGUUUUGGUAUGGAGGGUCCAGAUUUAAACAGGACAAUGUCAGAUGGUCCAGACAUGACGAAACCAGGGCAUUCAGAUCCAAACAAAGAGAGCCCAAGACCUGAGAGGAGAGAAGGUCCACAUUUUAGAGGUUGUGGUCCAAAUAGAAGGCUUCCAGAGACAGAGGAAAACUCUGACAGCAGGGACUUUCCAGGUGGCCAACACUUUAGGGCUCCUGAGCUAGAAAGAAGACCUUCAGACAUAGUGGGCCCAGGGUCUGAUAGAAGAAAUCCGCACUUAAGAGGAGUUAGGCCUGAAAGAAAUGUUAUGGAGGUUCCAGGGCUCGAUAGUCCAUGUCCAAGAGGUCUAGAUUUUAGAGGUCCAGACAUUGAGUGCCCAGGGCCUGACAGACAAGAACCAGGAGACUCAGGCUUCAAAGAGCCUGGACUUGAAAGGAGGAGUCCAGAUUCUGAGGGCCAAGGACCAGAUUGGAGAAGACCAGGUAGUCAUGACUUUAGGGACCCAGGAAUCAGGCACAGAAGUCCAAAAAGAGAAGGUAUGAGACAAAGAAGAGAUGGCUGGGGAGAGGCUGACUAUGGAGGAUCAGAACCUAUCCAAGAACCUAUAUCUCGAAACUUAAGGGGUUCAAGGCCUAUCAGGGGAAACAUAAGAGGGCAUGGGCCAGAUAUGAGAAGUUUCAGGGGCUCUGCACCUGAUAUGAGAGGCCCAGACACAGUGGAACAAUGGUCAGAUGGAAGAGGGCCCAAUAUGGAGGCUGUAGGAAAUGAAAUAGAAUGUUCAGGAGAUGAUUGGAAAAGACAUGGCAACAGGGGUCCAGGCCCCAACCAAGAAGGUCCAGUUGAGCAUGCUCAAGCACAUUCUAGGCAAGGUCCUCGAAGGGGAUGGAGUGGCCCUGAAAGUAUUGGGCCAAGGCCCAUACAAGAAAGACAAAAUAUGCCAUUUCCCGGGCCUUUGAGAGGUCCAGGAGAUGAUGGUCCUGGUUAUAGGGGUCCAGAUCCUGUCGAGGGUGACCCAGAUAUGAAAUGCCUAGGGCCCAGUAGGGGACGACGUGGGAGGAGAGAGCCUGAUCGAGGGUUUGGGCCAAACAGAAGGAGGCCUGAGCCAUCUUUCAGUAGGCAAAGAGAUACAGAAAACAGUGGACAAUGCCAUGAUAUAAGAGAUCCAGGCAUGAGAGAACCAGGAUCCGAUAUGAGAUGGGGUCAAGAUAUGGGGGAUGACUGUAGGAAGCCAGACUUCAGGGGUAUGAAGAGAGGGCGAAACAUGGAAGGACCUGGGACUGAUGGGAGAUUUUCAGAUUGUGGGGGACUAGGAUCUGAAAGGCAGGUAGACAUGGAAAACCCUGGAACAGGUAGACAAGGAUUUCAGCAUGAUUUUAGGAGAGAAAUGAGGGGUCCAGACAUGAGAAGAAUAGGACAUGGUAAUACCAAUAGGGAGCCAGCACCUGGAAGUUCAGAUGUCAGACCUGGGCGGUGGCCUACAGAAACUGAGGGGCCUGGGUCUGAUAGGAGGGGUCCAGGCAUAAUGGGCCCAGGGUUAGAUUUAAGGGGAUCUAAACAUCCCAUAAACAUAGACAUGCAAGGAUCAGAUAUAAGGGGCACCUCGCCUCAUUUCAAUAGUCUUCAUCAAAGUACUAGAUCUCAAGGCCCUAGUGAUCCAGAUUCUGAAUCAAACAUAGGUGCAGCUAAAAACAGUGGAGGACAAUCACACAGAGUUGCCCUACUUCCUACCCCAACAGGUCUCGUGCGCUUUCCAAAUCGUAUAAUUAACCAUCCUGAUGUUUUUAGCCAAAAUCGAAAACAAAUGGGUAGCCCAACUGAAAGAGAGUGUAGACCAGUAGGUAGACCAUUGACUCAAGAAAAAGAGUUGGUUAAAGCGCCAAGCCAGGAGCAGGAAAAAGGUCCUGCUUGUAAAAUAAGCAAAACUGAAGAUGCAAGCACAAGGGUCAGAGAUGACAAAAUGGAAGUGGGGAAUGAAAGUGAAAAAAGCAAUGUCCAGCCAAGUUAGACAGGCUAAAAGCAUUGACUCCUCAGGACAGUAAGUAAGAACUAGUCCUGCGGAAAGGCUUAGUAUCAUCUUAUUAAAUCACAAUGAGACUGAGAGCUUAACACAUUUUGAAUGUAUUACUCCGCAAAGACCUACAGACAAGCAAUGCAAAAAACCUGACAUUGUAGCUUGAUAAUGACAUUCUAAGAGAUAUUUGAGUAAACUAGGUGUUGAUUUGUCUUGUAUUCAAAGGUUGGGAAUUUAUUUUUGUAAUAUGUGCUGAUUAAAUGCUACUUACAUUUAACCGAUCACUUGUAAAUUCAACUUCAUGCUCAGUCUAGUUGGAAACAGUCAGAAAGGUUUUGUACAGAAAAUGUAAAAAAUAUUGUUUUUUUUGUUUUUUAACAGCCAUGUUUUUUUUAUUAUUAUUAUGUUUCAUCAUGGCCAUAGUGCCAGUGCAGUAGCCUUAAUGUUCUGUUGUUUUAAGUAAUCAAAUUCAUUGUACUUUCGAAAUGCAUAAAGUCAAUAAAAUGAAAUUCCUUUUUUAAA